UUUUAGGUUAGGUUUAGGUCGUGUUUUUAUAUUAUCUGAGUCUAAACUCACGUAAAACUUAUCAUAAAUAAUUAGAACAAUGGAGGAUUACGACGACAAUGAAAUUAACGAGUCAGAACAUAGUAGAUUAAUCAGUGCAGUCUCUAAAUUAGACAAAACUCAACAUAUUAAAGUGCCAACUCGCAGUGAACCUACCAAUCUUAACUCUGAAUUUAACUUGAUCAAAAGUUCUAACAAACUUGAUUUGAAGAAUGUAGUAAAGGUGCUAGAGAACACAACGAACCAUGUUCAGAUUGGUAAGAAACUUAAGAAGACCCAUGAUGUAUCUAAGGUAUUACCAAAGCCACUGGAGAAACCACAGAUUGAAAGAAUCAAACGAGCUACAGGUUACGAAGCUGCCAAGAAGAAGGUUGGCAGGUGGGACCCUGUCGUUGCUAGAAGUCGCACUGUUGACUAUGUAUCCUUUCCUAUCAAACAUGCAUCUCAGAAAAUGCAGCCAACUAAAGAUUUCUUGUCCAAAUUGAAGUUAAAGUCACCUUUGGAGUUGGAGCUUGACCAAGUGGAUCCUCCAGCCCUGGCAGUUGCUGACGAGGAUGAUCAGGAACAGACAUAUCCAAUGACUUAUGAAGAAAUGGUUGAACAACGACAGCACUUGGCCAAAAUGAGAGCUCAACAAUCGUUUAAAGCUGCUAAAGCUAAGAGACAGAGUAAAAUCAAGAGCAAGAAAUAUCAUCGUAUACUCAAGAAAGAGAAGUUAAAACAACAACUGAAAGAAUUUGAGGAACUCCAAAAAACGGAUCCAGAAGAAGCAUUGAAAAAGUUAGAAACGCUGGAGAAAUCUAGAGCACUAGAGCGUCACACACUUCGCCAUAAAAAUACUGGCAAAUGGGCCAAGAACAAAUUGGUCAGGGCUAAAUAUGAUAAAGAGGUCAGACAAGAACUUGCAGAGCAACUAGCAGUUGGUAGAGGCCUGACUGCAAAAGCUGGAAAUAAUGAAAGCACUGAUGAUGAGGCCAAUGAUAAUGAAGGAAUUGCUGACAUAAUACUAGCUCAAGACCCAUCAAACCCAUGGAUGUUGAAGAGGUCGGACAAGUCUAACAUUGAUGCUGAAUUUGAUUUUGGGUACAAAAAGUAUGUUCAGAGCCGCAAAAAUAAAGCUGAUGAGAGUGAUACUGAAUCAGAGCAGGAAACUACCAAAAAAGAUGACUUCAAUAAAAAGGAACCUUCUGAUGAUGUUCAGGUAAGUAAUGGUAGUGAAAAUGCUACAUACAAAGAUAUUUUAGAAAAUAUGAUUCUGGCUCAAAGUGAAAACAAAAUAGGCCUGUCAGAAAAGAAGAAUGAUAAAGAAAAGAACAAACAAACAACAUUAGUUUCAAAAUCAGGCAUUAAAAAGAAGAAGGAUACUGUUAAACCUAAGCUGAAAAUAUCAACAAAAAUUAUAGCUACAUCUAGCUGGGUUGUUGAAUCUGCCGAUGAAAAAGAUCGAAACCCAAAAACAGAAGCAGACAUCACAGAAGGUUUUGAAUCCCUUGAAGAUAAAUUCAAAGGAAAAGUUGAUAUUAAACUUAAAAAGUUGAGGGAUCAAGUGAACAAACUGGAAAAGAGAAAGAAAUGGAUUGAAGCAAAAGAAGACAAAAUUGAAAAAGAUAACCUUGAAUAUUUAAGUUUUAAAAACAGAAAGCUGAAAGCUAUUAUUGAUGAACAGUUAAAUGAGACCUCAUCAAAAACACCCGGCAACGAAAAGAAAGAAGACACAUUACAAAAACUCACUCCCACAACACAAACUAAUCAACCAAGUAAAACAGAAGCCAACAUUGAUCCUAGCAGGUUCAUUCAAGUUAAACCUAAAUUUCUUAACUCUAUUAUACCUGAAGGUGAAAAUGAUUUAGAUCAGUUAGAUGAUGAUGAGCAGGUUGUGCCUAAAGUGAACAUAGAAGAAGUAUUUGAAGAGGAUGAUGUUGUUGCCAGUUUUAGACAGGAAAAGGAAGAAGAGGCUAAUAAAGACCAGCCUCAGGAUAUUGAUCUUAGCUUACCAGGUUGGGGAAGUUGGGGCGGCAAAGGGGUCAAGGCUCCUAAAAAGAGAAAGAACAGAUUUAUACUCAAAGCACCCCCCAAAGUGCCUAGACGUGAUGAAAACAAAGGUGAUAUCAUAAUCAAAGAGUACAAAGACCCUAAACUUGCAGUUCAUAAAGUGUCAGAUGUCCCAUUCCCCUUUACCAGCGUAAAAGAAUAUGAGGCAUCAAUAAGAGCCCCAAUCGGCAACACCUUCAUCCCAGAAAAAGCUCAUAAAAAGCUUAUUAGACCAAGUGUCAUCACCAAAGCUGGUACUAUUAUUGAACCAAUGGAUGAAGAGGAAUUGCUUGUGCCUAGAAAUAGGGCUUUCAAAAAUGAAAAUGUUAUCAAAGUUUUGGCUAAGAAAUAAACACUUGUACCAUA